GUAAAAUCGCUUCUAUUUGAGAUCGGUCGGAGAGAGAGAGUGUAUAGCUUCCUUGGACAUGAUGAGCAGGUCUGGAGCUUUUGUGAGUUAAAGAGGAAGAACGCAGUACUACAACGAAUUGAUUGAGGUCCUAUUAUUUGUUAUGAUCUGGUUUGGAUUCAAUUUGAUUAUGAUCUGCAUUGUUAUGGAUUUUGAGGCAAUGGAAGAGUAUUGGGGAAUGAAGUUGGCAUUCUAGAGUCAGAUUCGAGCAAUGUCGAAACCAAACAGUGAUGUUUGGGUGCACUUCACAACCUAUCCACCAUGUUGGACAAUGCAAGAAAUCUCUGAGAACGCUCUUGCAACAUUGGGGAACUUGGUUGUAACCUUAAUGGGGAAGAAGGCUAUGGAAGAAUCUUUUGUGCCUUUUCAAGUAGAGCGGAAAAAAAGAACCUGAUGAGGUAGAAACUAUAUUCCUUUUAUUUUAUUCAGAAAUCAACUAAAUUGAAUUAUAUAAAGAGGCUGUUUAGAGUUUGCAGUCAAUUAGAAAACCACCACAACUUCACGUUUUCAAUUGGGGGACCUUCACGGGUGCAGAGAGUGGGACAAAAUAGAGUGAGAGCGGGAGCAAAAUGCCUGAAAUCAAAAGGGAAACAAUGGAAAAGAGAAAUUGAGAGGGACAAAAGAUUGUGUUGCCGCCAAUUGUGUAUUAAAAUCCCUUCGAACUUUCAAAUGGAUAAGACGUGGUUCUGCUAUGAUACGCAUAUAAAACAACCACGUCUGUAGAAGUGGAGGUCAAUUCCCUAUCAGGUUUAACAAUCAAUUCUCCAUCUCUCUCAUCUCUCUGGUCUCAGUUGGAGGAGGUUUGCUUAUCUCUGUUAAUUACUAUUCGUUUGGAGAAUGGGUAUGAUUGUUUUUAUUGAUUUUUGUGGUUUUGACAGAUGAGUCACCUAUAUGAGGAUGAAGAGGAUUACGAAGAAAAUGGAUAUGACGAUAGUGAGACACAAGAUGUUGGUGGUGACUUUAAUAUUCAACAAGACGACGACAACGAGACACAAGAUGUUGGUGGCAUGUUUCAUCAGCAAGAUGACGUCAAUGUUUCAUCAGAGGCGCCUGGGGGAAUAAAGAAGCACCGUGGUCCAAACCAGAAGAAUUGGGCAAUGGAGGGUCGGGAAAAGCUCUUGUGGAAUCGUUUUGGACUUCCUAAGGGUCCACGAUUGAAGGUGGCAAGAUUCUCAAGAUUCUUGGGUAUUUUGGCAAAAGACUUUACACUUUUUCCAAUUAGUACACCUGACUACCGGCAUUUCAAUGCUAGUGACAAUCUUGAAAGGGCUUGGAAUCGUGUUAAGGAAACUAUUGAUUGGUCUAAUCCUUGGGUUGCAAGUUUGGAAGGUAAAAUCAAGAAAAGGGUGAAGAGCAAGUUAAAUGAACGGUGGAAGCAAUGGAAGUCUGAGUUGCGCAAAAAAUGGUAUAAACCAUUCAUGAACACACCACGUAGGUUUCAAAAGCCUAAUGAUGAUCGUGUAAAUGAGCGUCAAUGGAAAAUUUUUGUUGCAAACAUGGACAAGAAGAAGCAUCAGAGAAUAGCAAGCAUCAACAAAAGAAAUCGGUCUCAAAAGAAGAUGAACCAAUCAACAGGGACUCGAACAUAUGCAAAUGUCGCUCAUGAAUAUGAAAUUUCCCAUGGUAAAGAGCCAGAUAGGUGGGAGCUAUUUAAAUUAACUCAUCAAAGGAAAGGGUCCCAAGAACCAAUCGAUGCGGCAUCUGCAAAGGCAAUUGCGGAUUUUGAAGAGGCUGAACAAAAGAGGCUAAGCCUGAAUGUUGACAUCACUGCUCCAGAAAUCCGUGAAGAAAUGUAUGCUGAAGUUCUUGGUAAGGAGAAGGGGAACAGAGUGAGAGGUGUUGGAGCAGGGGUUACUUGGGAUGAAGUCCCUGGAAUCCAUGUUGAAGAGCGAGGAGUAUCAAGAGAAGUGAAACUGUUGCGAGAGCAAUUGGAAGAGCAAGCGAAAAAGGCACAAGAGAGAGAAGCACACAUGAUGGAGGAACUACAAAGCAAAAUGGCUGACCAAACAAAACGGAUGGAACAAUUGCUUGAAGUAAGAUGCGUAGAGAUGGCACUCCAAAAAAUGGGAGAGAUGUUUAAACAAUGCGGAAUAUCAGUGGAUACACAAGAAGAUGUCAUGCAAACAAUGUCUCAGUUUGCUCGUGACACGUCUCAAAGGCCGUCGACUGUUGUUUUUUCACCAGAUGAUGAUGUUUACCGUCCUACAAUGCCAUUUGAUUGCCCCAAUAUGCAAAUUGAUUAAUCAAGAAUCAUGCCCCUAUCAGCCAUUAUGCAACAAGAACGGGAGCUAAUCUUGUGGAGAUGGUGGUCAUUGCUUCAAGACUAUUAGGAUUUCAAUUCAAUGUCAUGUUAGGAUUUCAAUUCGGUACUAGAUUAGGAUUUCAG